UACAUACACACACACACACUCUCUCACACACACUGCUGCUGCUGCUACUGCCUCUGCUGCACGUACUGACCCUGCCUUACCUCUCAAACCCCUGGGGGCUUUUCUGGGACAUUUACAGGAAAGAAAAACCCCACAUUCGACGUGUCUGUCUCUUCAAAUGUCCUGUUAUUGAUUGUUUUAUCGCCUCAUGACCCGAUCCGGACUCGGUUGUGCGAAAACUACACGCAGAGAGGCACGCUCCAGCUCUAGCGGCGUCUGAAUUCAUUCAACCACAACAACAAUGGCAGCGCAUGAUUUCAAUUUCUUACUGGCUACUGAUUCGUACAAGAUCACACACUACAAACAGUAUCCUCCAGAUGUCAGCAAAAUCUAUUCUUACUUUGAGUGUCGGCGAAAGAAAGGCUCCCAGUUCAAUGAAGUGGUCUUUUUUGGUCUGCAGUAUCUGCUGAAGAAAUAUCUUACAGGCCGAGUGGUGACAGAAGAUAAAAUUCAGGAAGCCAAGCUCUUUUACCAGAUGCACUUUAAGCAGACUGUAUUUGAUGAGGAGGGCUGGAGAAAGAUCCUCGAGAAACACGAUGGGCGUUUACCGAUCCGUAUCAAAGCUGUACCUGAAGGCAGGAUUAUUCCAAGAGGCAAUGUGCUGUUCACUGUGGAAAACACAGACCCCAGCUUCUUCUGGCUGACCAAUUAUAUUGAGACUAUGUUAGUCCAAAUGUGGUAUCCCAUCACCGUUGCCACCAUUUCCAGGGAGUUCAAAAAAAUCCUGGCCAAGCACCUCAAAGCUACAUCAGGUAGUUUGGAAGGCCUGAACGAGAAGCUCCAUGACUUUGGCUACAGAGGGGUCUCGUCACAAGAGUCUGCAGCUCUAGGGGGAGCAGCUCACCUGGUGAACUUCUGUGGCACUGAUACAGUGGCAGGGCUGUUGAUGGCACAACGAUACUAUUCCUGCCCCAUGGCCGGCUUCUCCAUCCCAGCUGCUGAACACAGUACCAUUAUAUCGUGGGGCAGAAGUCGGGAGAAGGAUGCUUUUGAGCAGGUACUGGACCAGUUCAGCUCAGGCCCUGUGUCAGUGGUGAGUGACAGCUAUGACAUCUUCAACGCCUGUAAACACAUCUGGGGAGACAAACUGAAGGAGCGAGUGAUGGAACGCAGCCAGGACUCAUGCCUGGUCAUUCGGCCAGACUCAGGAGACCCUGCCGAGACACUUAUUGAGGUCAUAAAGAUUCUGGAAGAUUGUUUUGGCUGCUCCAAGAACUCUAUGGGUUACAAAGUGCUGCCCUCAUAUCUGCGUAUUAUCCAGGGAGAUGGUAUAGACCUCAUCUCUAUUAAUGACAUCCUUCAGAAGUUGAGUGAAGAGGGUUGGAGUGCUGAGAAUGUUCUCUUUGGAUGUGGAAGUGCUUUGCUUCAGAAGCUCAACAGAGACACACUGAGUUGUGCCUUUAAGUGUAGCUAUGUGGAGACAAACGGAAAAGGCAUGGACGUGUAUAAGCAGCCAGUGACUGAUCCCUCCAAAGGGUCAAAGCGGGGCCGGCUAUCUCUGAGGAGAAACUCUGGUGGUUUUAUUGAGACAGUGGAGAGAGGCGCAGGGAAGCCAGAGGAGGAUCUGCUUGUGACUGUGUUUGAAAAUGGGAUCCUCCUUCGAGAAUAUACUCUGGAUGAGAUUCGAAAGAAUGCUCGACUGCGAGACCUUGACAUAAGCACCACCAUGUACAACAGUGAGAAGGAAAGGCUGGGGAAACAUAUUCUCAAUGGACUGCACUGAAGCUAACAGCUGUGAUUCUAACUACGCAGCAGCCAGCAGGGACAGUUCCUUCAGACAAAAUUGGCCACAUUGCUACUCACUUGUUUCCAGAGGAGGCCACAUGAAAAUAUUUUCAUAUAGGUUUUGCUUCUCUGGCAGGAUAUCGACUUUGGGGUUUGUCAACACACAUUCCUGCAUGUUAGACCAUCGGUGGUGACCAAACAAGUAUCAUAUGAAGACUUUCUUGUAUUGUUUCCUCUCACCCAUAGAACAAUUUACCAUAAUAACAUACCAAUUUGAUUUAAUAAGCUAUAGUGUAUCUAACAGCAAAGGUUGUUUUUUAACAUGCAAACAGUAUGGUUUUAUUAAAAAUGUUGUUUAAAGUAUGAUUUAUAUGGUUUCUUUGAGACCAUUCAUAAUUAAUAUUAUGCACUGCGAUUUUGUUACUACUUCACUGCCACAUAAAACUGAAAAGCUAACCACAA